GCCAGUGUGUGAGUGCACAACUUAGAAGGGUGGAGUGUGUUGUGUAGAGUUUAAGGUAAACUCAAGAGAAACACUGCAAUCAUGACUGCUGUUCAUCGUCUGGUUAUCGUUCGCCACGGUGAGAGCGCAUGGAACCAGGAGAACCGUUUCUGCGGCUGGUUCGAUGCUGACCUCAGUGAGAAGGGUAUGGAGGAGGCCAAGCGUGGAGCCCUGGCCAUCAAAGAGGCAGGCUUCAAGUUUGAUGUCUGCUACACCUCCGUGCUUAAACGUGCUGUCAAAACCCUGUGGACCAUCAUGGAGGGGACCGACCAGAUGUGGCUGCCUGUGAUUCGUAGCUGGCGUCUGAACGAGCGCCACUACGGAGGCCUCACCGGACUCAACAAGGCCGAGACGGCUGAGAAGCACGGUGAAGAGCAGGUGAAGAUCUGGCGCCGUUCCUUCGACAUCCCACCUCCACCCAUGGAGAAGGACCACCCUUACCACAAAAUCAUCAGCGAGUCCCGGCGUUACAAGAACCUGAAGCCUGGUGAGCUGCCCACAUGUGAAUCACUGAAGGACACCAUCGCCCGUGCCCUGCCUUUCUGGAAUGAAGUCAUUGCCCCUGAAAUCAAAGCCGGGAAAAACGUCAUCAUCGCUGCCCACGGCAACAGCCUCCGUGGCAUCGUCAAGCACUUAGAAGGUAUGUCUGAUGCAGCCAUUAUGGAGCUGAAUCUGCCAACAGGAAUCCCCAUUGUGUAUGAGCUGGACGCAGACCUGAAGCCCGUUAAGCCCAUGUCUUUCCUGGGUGACGAAGAAACCGUGAAGAAGGCCAUGGAGGCUGUGGCCGCUCAGGGCAAAGCCAAGAAGUAAAUCUGCCUAGGAGGAGGCAAAAAAUGAACUGUUACCCCCUUUAUCCUCUACAUCAGUCCAUCCUCGUACACACCUUCAUUCCAAAUGGGGGGAAAUUUUAGUAUUUUCCUUUGGACUUUUACAGCAAACGUGUCAAAAUCAGCCUAAAAACACCCACUAUCACUGUGGAAAAAGCUCAGCCCUUUUAAAUUGUGGUCCAGCCCUAUUUUAAGGGCCUCACCACCCUGGCACUACCAAUAAAGAAGCCAUGUUUUUAUGUA